AGCAAGUGCCUUGAAAUCAAACACUAUGAGCAAGCAGUCUUUCUCUUUCCCUUUGGCAUCAAAACCAUUACCAUUGGGCUGCGAGGAAAGAAGUGCCACAACAAUAAACAACAGGAUCCAUUGGAUCCGACCUGCAUAGGACUUUGUGUCCCCAAGGAAAAUCAACCAAAUAAUCUCCAAAUUCAUCAGACCUUCUUUGGGAUGGUUAAUUAUUACGAAGUCCUAGGACUGCAUCAAAAUGCCUCGCAAGAAGAUAUCAAAAAGGCCUACCGUAAGCUGGCGCUAAAAUGGCACCCUGACAAGAACCCUUGUAACAAAGAAGAAGCAGAAAAGAAAUUCAAGGCGGUUGCUGAGGCCUAUGAAGUAUUGUCAGACCCUCAAAAACGCUGUCUCUAUGACAGGCCUGUCAAAGAACCACGGUACAGGGGGAGAGGAGCAUCCGGAGGCCAUUCCCACAGCCCAUUUGAUUUUGACUUUGUGUUCCGUAGUCCUGAGGAGAUCUUCAGGGAGUUCUUUGGAGGAAUGGACAUCUUUGCACAUGAUUUCUGGGACAACCAGUUUGAUGAUGACAAUAAUGUAGCGGAAAACAGAAAUAGUUUGCAUGGACCCCUUGGGCUCUUUUCUGGAUUUGGUGCCUUUUCUGAUUUUGGAUUCAGUUCAUUUGGACCUGGUCUGCACACUAUGGUCUCCUGCAGGUCCUUUGGAGAUGACAGCAGUGGAACACACAACUUCAGAUCUGUCUCAACUUCCACUGAAGUGAUCAAUGGGCGAAGAGUCACCACGCGGAAAAUUGUUGAGAAUGGGCAAGAAAGAGUUGAAAUUGAGGAAGAUGGCCAGCUGAAGUCCAUCAGAGUAAAUGGCAGAGAACAGUUGAAAUGCUAAAAAGUCUUCAUGUCUGUUCAAACACCAAUAGUCAUUUGCUUGAACAAUCUUAAAUGGACUCUUUCUCCAGAAACUGGAAUGCAACUAAUAAACUUCUUCAAUGAGUUCAA